GUGGAGGAGUACUCGUGCAACCAUCUUGCUCUAUCCGUGUGCGAGCUUUGUUUAGCAAUAUCCUCCCGCCUGAUUCCAAAUAUUCCCUUGCCGCAUCUGUCUGCCCAUUCGAGGAGCUCAUCCUCAAGCGUUGUUUCAAAGAUUCCAAAACUAACUUUUCCAUCCGGAGUGCCCAACAGAUACUCGAGUCCUGA